AUGAACACCUUUAUAGAUCAGGCGAAUCGAGAACUAUUUUGUCCUCGAGGACUUUACUGUAUGAUUGUGACAUACAACCCUCUCCCACAGCAACAGCAAGAAGAUAUCAAGACGUCGAUAAAAAGACCAUCUGCCGGCGGGGCUUCCGGUCCAUCUCGAAGCAAAUGGCCAGAGAAAGUCACGAAAAUCUUGCGUAACCCGUCAUCUGCUACUACGGAAGGAGAGCAAAAUUUACCAUCCGAGAUCGCACCCCUGAUUUUCUCGGACGAUGAUGAGAACUUUGAAAUAAAAAAGAAAGAGAAACCUUGGAACAAGCUGAAUGGCUACUUCGAUAAACGCGCCCGGGCAAGAUAUGCUAGUGAAAGCAACCAUGACGCUUUAUCUUCAGCCCCUGAAUCUAAAUUUAAGAACCGAUUCCUCGAUCCUAAUCACCCAGCUAGUAAUGGAGGUCUUCUUGGCUUGAUAUCAGGCGGGCAUCUCGCAAGGGACCCAAAAAAGACAAUGGAAGACACGAAAAGCUUAUAUCAGCAGCAGGCAAAAAUUAUUUAUGAACAACAAGACAGCCAGUUGGAGCUGCUCCGCACUCAGUUCCGAGCCAUGGGCUUCUCCGAACAACAGCAACACGAGUACAUCGCAACCUACGAGCAGCAAUUCCAGCUGCAACGAGACCAGCUACAAGCCCAGAUGAAAGGACUGGAGAUAAUGCCCAGAAAGAUCUUGAAGAAUGUUCUUUAUCUCAUGGUUGUAAACCUGCCAACUGAGGAAGAAGUUGAGGCGGUUAGAGUGGCGACGAAUACAGACGAGGAAGAUGAUGGCAGCCAAAGAAGCUUCCCAAACAUGGUCACUGUACAAUAG